UCCGUUGUCAGUACCCGAUCGCCGGUCUUUCCGUCGUCGCCAUCCACGUUUUAAAUUAAUACCAUUUUACGGUCACAAAGUCUCACAAAGGCGUGUGUGUGUGUGUGUGAUGUUAAUUUAUCCGGUUUCCCGGUGGUCGUCUCGUGUCCUGUAUAAUAUCCUGUUAUCGCCCGUAGUGUGCACAAAGUGAAAUAUUGGCGCCCAAAACCGACCGAGGUGGCUGUUCGGUGACGGUGGCGGAUGAACAACAUGGAACACGGUAACAGUACCCCUUAUUGCGGCGAUUCAUUGGUCAUCGUCAGGGAUGCGUACGUGCACUACCACGGUUACGCCAGCCUGUUGGUGUGCGCGUUUGGCUCGGUGGCAAACAUACUGAACAUAGCCGUGCUGACCAGAAAGGAAAUGGUGUCGCCGACCAACGCCAUACUUACCGGACUGGCGGUCGCCGAUCUCCUGGUCAUGGUCGAAUACAUGCCAUUUGCCUAUCACAUGUAUCUCCGGCCGGCCGACUAUCCGCGGGCCGACCGCUUCUCCUACAACUGGUCACUGUUCGUUCUGCUGCACUCUGAUUUCUCUCAAGCGUUCCACACAAUAUCAAUAUGGCUUACUGUCACGCUGGCUGUUUGGAGGUACGUGGCUGUGGUCCAUCCCCAACUCAACAGAGUGUGGUGUCGGAUGGAAACAACGUUUUUGGCGAUCGCUUUGGGUUACUUGCUUUGUCCCGUCAUCUGCAUACCCAGUUAUCUGACGUUCAACCUCAUCUCUCGAGUGGAGCUUUUGGACGCCACCGGCAACAGGCCAACAGUAAACGGCACCAAUGGAAUAGCGGGUCCUUUGCAAAAUGUCACCCUAUACUUCGUGAACGUCAGCGACCUGGCCAUCUCCACUUGCCUGGCCGACAUUAACUUUUGGGUGUACAGCGUGGUCAUCAAGAUCAUACCGUGCGUGGCGCUGACCGUGCUGAGUUUGCGGUUGAUCUGCGCGUUGCUGGAGGCCAAACAGCGUAGAGCCAAGCUGACGGCCAGCAGUCGCAAGUCGGUCGACAAGGAACGGCAGACGGACCGCACUACCCGCAUGCUGUUGGCCGUGCUCCUGUUGUUCCUGAUCACCGAAUUCCCGCAGGGCAUCCUGGGACUGCUCACGUUGCUCCUGGGCAAACGGUUCUUCCAGGACUGCUACCAGAACAUGGGCGAGGUCAUGGACAUGCUGGCGCUGGUCAACUCGGCCAUUAACUUCAUACUGUACUGCGUCAUGAGCCGACAGUUCCGCAACACGUUCAGCCUGCUCUUCUUGCCCGCCUGGAUACCCAAAGCCGACGGUCAAGGUACAUCGCACGGCAACCCGACCACCACGCAAGUCACGCAAGUGUAAGCAAAAAAAAAAAAAAAAAAAAAAAAUUGAUCCGUCGCCACUGUAACGGCAUUUCCCUUUAAACGAAUACACAGGGUGGUUUAUUCUUUGUCUCGGUAAAUAACGAUUCGAAAACGAAAAUACACUAUGUGCGAUCAAAACGCGAGCUCGUGUUGCUGAACGGUCUGUUACGGUUUUAGAAGACGCCAACAAACUGUGACUUUCCGCGGUGUCUGUAACACGGAUUCCAACUAGCCUGUACGUUUUCAACAUUAUUGUUUUGUAUAGUAUUAUUUUAAUCGAGCAUUCCUAUUUUAUUCAAAGUUACAACAACAGCGAAGCGCCGACGGAAAUGUUAGCGCAACAACAAAACGCUUACAAUAAAUGUUAUUUUCUAGUUGAUACGUUGGAAUAAAAAACUAUAACGUCAUAUAUUUUGUAACAUUGAAUUUUUAAAGUUGUUUUUUUUAGCACGUAAGUUCAUACAAUAUACAUAUAUAUUCGUAAGAAAAUAUUUGUGACCGUCCGUGGGAAAAGGGACCUUAUAUUUUCCAUUUUUCAAAAUCGGGUUUUUUGCAUUUUGUCAUAGUCGAUUAGAUGCUGAUUACACUGGUGUCUCGAUCACAACGACAACUCGAUCCGUUCAAAAGUUAUGAAGUUAAAAAUCCUAAUAAAUUAGUUAGUUUGUAAAAAGUUAGUUUUGGCUAUCCUGAACAAUUUGUUCCGGGAAGAUAAGGUACCUUUUUUCCAUGGACGGUCACAUUUCUAGAUUAAACGCUUGAAAUAUAAUUAGUUAACGCUCUACUCUAAAAAGAGUAUAGUGAGUCGAUAAGUAAUUGUUACAAUGAUAUGUUAGCGCUAAAACGGCGUACGUUUACUCGUAGUAAUUGUGAUCGUUUAUUAAGGAAACGAUUUUCCGUUAUUAUAACAGUUUUCAACGGACGUCUUUUUAUGAUCAUUAUUAUUUAUGAUUAAAUUAACCCAACCUACCCUAGUAUAGUAUUACAUUUUUUACAAAACACGCAAAUAACCAUUAAAUACCGAUAUUAAGUUCCUUGAAAUUGCGAUUUAACAAAAAUUCGUUUGUAUGGGUAGCGUGCGCUUUAUAAUGUAAGCAGUUUAAUGUAUAAUUGAAAUAUUUAAUACAGACGGCUUGGGAUAGGUAUUGGAUAACAUUAAUAUAUACUCAAACAUUUAUUUUUGAAAAAUCAGUCGAUAUUAAAACAAGAAUAACUUAUUGAAUACAAUACAAACCGUUUUAAAUGAUUUUUGUUAUUAAUAAUUGAACCUUUUACGCCGUUCCAAACAAUUCAUAAUAUUUAUAUUUAUUUUGUAAUUUAACGUUCUUGAGCGAAUAGUGUAAAAGUUAUCAAAAUGAAUGGUAUUAAAUUGUGCCAUUAGUGAUGGGAAGAGGCUAAAUUUCAGUAGUAUCCGAAUAUCUUGGUAUUCAAAUCCGGAUUUUUUAUAAAUUUAUUAACUUUGAUUUUAAUCCGAAAAUCCAAAUAUCCGUAUAUCCCCAUCAGUAGUAAUCCAAACACUAAUUGUACGUUUUACCUUACUAUAAUUAUUGUGUUAAGACGAAUACAUUAUUUGUUAUUUCAAUAUAAAUAUAUUAGGCGAUUAACUUUGUUACCGCUGUUGUGUAUUAUACCAAAACUCUCAUUAUAGUGUGUUAUAUUAUUAUGAAGUUAUGUAGUUCAGUUACAAAUUUUAAUCUUAAUCGUUGCAAGUGUUAUAAAUGCUGA